UGCCAGCCUUUUCAGAAAGGCUCAAUCCCCAGUUUGAGUCAGAGCUAGGGACCAUGCCGUCCCAAGCUCAAGGAUAAAAACCAUCAGGCCUAAGCGCCAUCCAUAUUCCAUCUCCAGUCUUUCCUCCACAAAUUGGGAUUCAUCCUACCUGAAAAGCACCAUCUAAGAGCAAGGGAACAACAAAAAAAUCAUGCUAUCACAUAAUACCAUGGUGAAGCAGAGGAAACAGCAAGCAUCAGCCAUCAUGAAGGAAAUCCAUGGAAACGAUGUAGAUGGCAUGGACCUGGGCAGAAAAGUCAGCAUUCCCAGGGACAUCAUGUUGGAAGAAUUAUCCCACCUCAGUAACCGUGGUGCCAGACUAUUUAAGAUGCGACAAAGAAGAUCUGACAAAUACACAUUUGAAAAUUUCCAGUAUGAAUCUAAAGCACAAAUAAACCACAAUAUUGCCAUGCAGAAUGGGAAACUGGAUGGGAACAACUUGGAAAGUGGUUCACAACAAGCCCCAUUUACUCCUCCCAACACCCCGGAUCCACGAAGUCCCCCAAAUCCAGAAAACAUUGCACCAGGAUAUUCUGGACCACUGAAAGAAAUUCCUCCUGAAAGAUUCAACACCACAGCUGUCCCUAAGUACUACCAGUCACCCUGGGAACAGGCUAUUAGCAAUGAUCCGGAACUUUUAGAGGCUUUAUACCCUAAACUUUUCAAGCCUGAAGGAAAGGCAGAACUGCCUGAUUACAGGAGCUUUAACAGAGUUGCUACCCCAUUUGGAGGUUUUGAAAAAGCAUCAAAAAUAGUUAAAUUCAAGGUUCCAGAUUUUGAGCUACUACUUCUCACAGAUCCCAGGUUCAUGGCCUUUGCCAAUCCUCUUUCUGGCAGACGGUCCUUCAAUAGGACUCCUAAGGGAUGGAUAUCUGAGAAUAUUCCUAUAGUGAUAACAACUGAACCCACAGAGGAUACUACCAUACCCGAAUCAGACGACCUAUGAAAAGAAAGUUAUAUGUGCCAUAAAAACCUCUGAAUAUAAAUGCUGCUGUUUUAUUAUUCUACUUACAGGCCAAGCCAUGUACACACUUCAUUAGCAGCAAUAAUUUAGUGGCAAUUUAACAAUUUUCCUUUUAUGGCAUUUAAUUUCAAUCUCAGAUCAAAUACUAAUAAAUGAUUCAAAAUCUUA